AUGGCUUUCACUCUCCAGCCUCACGAGGGACAUCUCCUCAGGAUCUUCGUCGUGCUGGUUUCCUUUCUGCUGGCUCCAGCAAGUCCAGCUGCCGUUGAACCACACGUCAGAGUCUUUGCCAGCGAAGAACCUGAAAGCCCUCGGAAGGCUCCUCCGUCCUUCUUGGACUUCCCAUCACAACACCAAAGGCGAGAUGGGUCAUGUCCGAUAUCCGGAGAUCAUUGGUGUGGCAACGAACUUCCCGGUGAUUUCUGCUGUUCCUCGCAGGCUGAUUGCAAGGUCCUUGCUGCAAACACAACCGCUUUAUGCUGCCCAAAGAACUCGAAAGGAGAGUGCGAGAUCAUUUUGCCCAUAACCUGCAACAUCGAGAGACAGAACCCAUCAACGAACCCAGAAGCUGAGGUCAAAACACUUGCACGGGAUCGGAAACUAAAACGCUGUGGUGCCAUGAAUGGGGCCAGGAGAUGCUGUCCUUUUGGAUAUAGUUGCAAAGACGAUAAGGAAUGUGUGCUCGACAAAGACCAAGACGAAAGCUAUGCCUUCUUGCUUCCGAUUCCUGAAUAUACAUCGGCCAUAACUUCUACUCCAACAUCCACAAUUACAUCCUCGUCAACUUCUGAUAUCCUGUCAGUCGAAACAUCAGAAGUACCUGAUAUGGUUUUCCAACCGCCUUUUGCCUCAGCUGAUCCUACGAGUUCAACUACAGAACCAGUCACUCCAGAUGAUAAGGAAGAAGAGAAGAAGGGCAGCGGUAUAAGCCCAACAGGAGCCGUGACUGCAGGCACUGUUGCUGGCGUCUGCUGUCUGGUUGGAGUAGGCAUAUUUGUGUGGAUGAAAUGGUUCAGAAAGAAGGGAGAUCAAGAAACUCCUGAGAUGUCGUUGGCCCGAGAAUCAUGGGGAUACUUCUCUACAAGAAGUGCGCCCUCAACACUGCACCUGCACCUGGCUCGUGGCCCUGAUGACAAGUUCAUUGUUACACCAACCACGGCCGGUUUCACACCCUCCUACCCACCGCUUGCUCCAAUUGUAGAGGAGAACCAAAGCCCUGUUGAGCUUCCCGCAACACCCGUGUCGCUCUGCAUGUGGUCAAAUUUCGAAAAUGCUGCCGUUGAGGAGCCAAAGUUGGCUUAUGUCGUUCCAGCCAAACGGCAAUGA